GUAAGCUGCCACAAUGAGCUCCGCGCCGAUCUCUGUGACCGCGAAAGCGCCGCUCGAGUAUAUCCCCGUCAUGGACCCUCUGGCAUCACCGAUGGCGCACCCCGAGGACGAUGCGUCGGUGCCCAUGGCCGGCGCCGUGGACAUGAACGGGCUCGUACUCGGGCGCUGGAAGACUGACAUCUUUAGUUGCCUUGCGGACCUCAUGCCCAACUGCCUCAUGGCAACAUUCUGUCCGUGCAUCUCACUCGCUCAAGUCCUCCACCGACUCGGUUUCUACUCGUACUCGUCGACACUGAUUGCGUUUGGCAUUCUCUACACCGCGUACCUCGUCGCGACGAUGCUCUCGUCGUCCGUGCACCAAGCGUGCGUCUACAACGGCAUCGUCGUCACGUGUACAUCGUCGUGGAACCCGUGGCCGGCCGUGAGUCUUCUCUUGGCUGGCGUAAUGCGCGGGCUGCUCAUGCACAUCCGGACGCGGGUCCGCGGCCUCUUUCAGAUUCCCGGCAGCGCGGCUGAAGACUGUCUCUGCGCGUUCUGCUGCUCGUGCUGCAUGCUCGCCCAACUGGCGACGCACACGGAUGCAUACACGGCGGCGCAGUGCGAGUUUGGACCAAAGGACACGCUGCCAGGGUACCACGCCUAACUUUCACUGUCGAGCCAAUCAAGUGUACUACACUCGUUUCUAAAAUGCGCGCUUGGAGUCAAAGUACGAGGUUCAGUUGUACAUCAAACAUUCGACGAACCAGAGCCUCACCAG